UCUGCUUCCUCAGGCCUGGCUCUUCCUUCCAGAGAGGCUCAGCUUCAGAUGAGUGAGUAUGAGUAUUUCUGGUGACCUUAGGGUUGGGGCUCCACCCAAGGAGUUAGCUUCCUGGCCUCAGGUGCCUUGCCUGCUCAACAGAGCUGGCAAGCAAGCUUCCCCUAAUUCUCCAUCCUACUGACACUGCUGACAAACAGGGAUUGGAAGGCAGAAUACAAUGAGUCACACACUUGGGUCUGGGCCUGCCUUCGACUUACUCCUCCCUUAUUCUCUACCCUGCUUACAUGCUCUCAAGGAAAUGGGUUCUCAGCAGUCUCCAGCCCACAGCUCUGUCACCUCUUGGACCAUCGUCCUCACCACAGCUUGGGCACACACAGCACCCCAUGAUCAGGUGACCCUUCUAGCCCACAGCAAUGGAGCAAAACGAAUCCUUUCGUGUGGAUUCUGAGUUUCGAUACACCCUCUUUCCGACUGUUUACAGCGUCAUCUUUAUCCUGGGGGUGGUUGCCAAUGGCUAUGUGCUGUGGGUCUUUGCCCGCCUGUACCCUUCCAAGAAACUGAACGAGAUAAAGAUCUUCAUGGUGAACCUCACCGUGGCGGACCUGCUGUUCCUUAUCACCCUCCCGCUGUGGAUCGUCUACUAUUACAAUGAGGGAAACUGGAUUCUACCCAAAUUCCUGUGCAACCUGGCUGGCUGCCUCUUCUUCAUCAAUACCUACUGUAGUGUGGCCUUCCUGGGUGUCAUCACUUACAACCGCUACCAGGCAGUGGCCUAUCCCAUCAAGACUGCUCAGGCCACCACCCGCAAGCGUGGCAUCUCUCUGUCCCUGGUCAUCUGGAUAUCCAUCGUGGCUACUGCCUCCUACUUCCUGGCCACAGACUCCACCAACCUAGUACGCAAAAAGGAUGGCUCGGGCAACAUCACUCGCUGCUUUGAACAUUACGAGCCUCGCAGCGUGCCGAUCCUCGUUGUUCACGUCUUCAUCGCGUUCUGCUUCUUCCUGGUCUUCUUUCUUAUCCUCUACUGCAACCUGGUCAUCAUCCACACGCUGCUCACGAGGCCCAUGCGGCAGCAGCGCAAACCUGAAGUGAAGCGCCGGGCGCUAUGGAUGGUCUGCACCGUCUUGGCGGUGUUUGUCAUUUGCUUUGUGCCGCAUCACGUGGUCCAGCUGCCCUGGACUCUAGCAGAACUGGGCUACCAGACCAACUUCCACCAGGCUAUUAAUGAUGCCCAUCAGAUCACCCUCUGCCUCCUCAGCACCAACUGUGUCUUAGACCCUGUAAUCUACUGUUUUCUUACCAAGAAGUUCCGAAAGCACCUCAGCGAAAAGUUUUACAACAUGCGCAGUAGCCGGAAGUGCUCCAGGGCCACUACUGACACGGGCACCGAGGUGAUGAUGCCGGCUGACCAGACUCCUGUCAUGUCACUAAAAAACUAAUCUCUGUCUCAGUGAAGUCAGAUCCGGGGUCUCCUCUUCCGUGGACCUCACAGACUGAGCUGGGAGGUGAGGGGUCUCUGAUUGUGGCCAACCCCUCCUGGGACCCUGGUGGACUAUUAGGCCUGCCAGUUACUUUUCUCACGGACACAAGACUGACGGCACUGGCAGCUUGUUGGAAAAUACCGAACUUGAAUGCUCCUUUUCUCCCAUCUUUGGGUUAAUAACUAGCGACUCUGGCUGAUAGGCUCAUCUAAAGCUUCAGAAUCUGACAUCGCAGCUAGGGUCAAACCUUGGGCUUAGACUCUGAGCCACCCAGUUCAUCCAACUGGGGCCGCAGCCUUCAGAAUGGGGCAGUGACUUCUGGGGGCGACAGCAGGGGACGGGGAUUAUGAGGAAAGGACUCUUCAUGGUCCUGUGCAAGACCUCUGCGGGGAACAGUUGGGUUUAGACGGUGCCCUCCUCUCUCCACCCAUGUGCCACUUCCUAGAGGCAGUGGCUUGGUGGAAGCGUUUGACUGACUCAGUAACUUGUCUCAAAUGUAACCAGAUGAUAAAUUAGGAAAGCUGACCAGAAGCUGGGAUGGGAGCAUAUGUCCUGAGGCAGCUGAGCUUCUUUCUGCCCAGGCUUCAGAGUGCUGAGAGACUGGAAUAGAGAUGGCUCCCUCAGGACACUGCAAUUUCAACUUCCCAACUUGUGGCAGCAGCAGCCGUUUUUUGAUGACCUUGGACUCCUGCUAGUGAUUUUUGACGAGUGUCGUAUUUCACUCAAUGUGCCCAGCCUCCCUGUCAGAAACAACUCAAGGAAGGAGAGAUUUAUUUGGUUCACAGUUUCAGAAGACUUUAGUCCAAGCUGGGUGUUGGUGGCACCUUUAAUCCCAGCACUCGGGAGGCAGAGGCAGGCGGAUCUCUGUGAG